AUGGAGAAUAAAGUUGCAAACGCCAUUAAUCCGGCGAAGGCGAAAAUGACUUUGACCAAGAAAUAUGCGCAAAACUAUGUCAUAUUUAAAGCAGCCGCAGCGGUCGGAACAGGUGCUGAAGCCUAUUCUAAGGUGGCGAAAGAUGAGUGGCUUAAAGAAUUGACAUAUGCCGGUGGUCUCGAUAAGAAUCAAACGUACAAGGAUGGUUUGGAUUUCUUUGCUAACAUGGUCAAUGCAAAGGCUACAAAAGUGGCAUGCGCUUACAAGCCAGAUGGAAGCAAUAUGCAUUACUCAUGCAUCUUCAACGUGUAA